AUGGACCAGCAACAGCUGAUGGUGGUUCGCUACAUCCCCCAAGGGCAGAUCGAGCGAGAUCUUUUUAAUGGUUUCAGAAGUGUGGUAUUUGCAAAAACCCCACUUCUGGAUACGACCCAACUUCUGAAGCAGAAACCAAUUGCUGCUCCUCCAGUUAAUUCAGCUUCAAAAGAAAAUGAGAAUAGAAUUGAUAAUGUGAGAGGAAACAAAGCAGCCACCACAAAAGGUAGAAAAGCUUCUGUUGCUAAAAGAAGCAUUGAUGCUACUGCAGCAAAGAGGUACUACAUUGCUUCCCUGCAGCUAGAUGCCAUGCCUCUCCUCUCAGGAGAAGAAUCGGUGAUCGGUCGCCUGGCAGAAAACACUCCUGAAGUUUUAGAUGCGUACGUGACUUUCACUGUGGAAACACCUCUUCUGUCUGAAAGACAAAAACGUGAAUUGAAUCCGCUGAUUAUAAAGAUUAUUUCAGCUACCCGCCUCCCAAACAAACCUGUACCAAUAGAAGUGCUCCAGAGGUUGUGUGUCCCCACCUACUGCAAAUAUAAAUUUCACAACUUCCCACCUCAUCGAACUCACGAACAAAUCCAUGGAACCCAUGUCUACUUUAAGGAUGUUAACGUACUUCUAACAGGGACAAUGAAACCUGGGGAAUUAGAGGCGUACCUGAGAGGUCCACCUUUGAAGAUUGAAGUUCAUGACCGGGAUAGAAACAUGGAAACCAUCACAAAAAAGCCAGCUUUGUUUGGGGACAAUGAAGCUGAUGAACAUGUGGGGAAGGUGAGCUUCCUCGCUUACAAAUCCACAGCUUAUAAGUUGAAGAAUGAAAUGUGGCAUCCACAUGGGGUAGCUAAAGUCAGUCUGACUGAUUUAUUGCUGGGUAGAAAGUACUUGAAUGUCAGUGCUCCCAUCCGUAACUGUUCAGUUCCAAAUACAGAUGCUUCCAGUGAGGAUAAAAAUGGGAAAAUAACAGAAUCAGAGAGUAAUUCUUUCUUACUGCCUAUGGGAGAUUAUCUAGAAUCAGACUCAGUUUUGAAAGUAAGAGUGGAAAUAGCCGUGCCAUUGGGAACACGUGCAGAAAUUGCUGAUGCUCAAGUCACAAGUUGCCCAUAUGGGUAUAUAAUCUACAUUUUUGACUAUAAUAACUCAUCUUUAUUGCAUGAUUUGGUAGAAGAGAUUAAAGAAAUCAAUACUAAAGCCCUCCAGCUGGAUGGCUGGCCUGUACACUUAAUCGGAAUGGCUCUUGCUGCAUCAAAACUGAAAACCACACUUGAGAAAGUUUCUGAGUUGGAUAUUAUUACUGGUUUUCACUUACUGGAUGGAGCAACUCAUCUCUUUGUCUUGGAAGGAUUAAAAGACAAAGCCAUCAAGAAACUAUGGGAUAGACACUUUGAAAGGACAUACAAACCUGAAGAUGGACAGCUGGUAGUACUCUAUAACUCGCAACUGGCUUUCCCUCAGCGCCUGUACACAGACCUGGAAGUUCUCUUUUAUCAUUUCCACCUCUAUGAGCCCCUCUUCACUAUAGCAAAAAGCUCUCUGCUGUAUGUCCGAGGUGUGGUUCCUCAGGCAUGUUUCCAAGCCCUGUCCAGGCUCAGUUCCCUCUGUCGCAGUGAGAGGUUGAGGGAUGUAAUCCAUGGGGAUCUGCUGCCCUCAGCAGAGGUGAUCACAGCCUUGAGUCUUAAGUAUGGAGUUUCCUUAACUGAUGAGGAUCUCUUCACUCAGACACCUCCUUUACCCACGUUUUCCCCUGAUGAUUAUACAGUACCAGGAAAGGUUAGCAGAGUGAAACAGGCAGUAUCUUCUGCAGUAGAUAACUACAAUGAAGCCUAUAUACAGCGGAAGAAAAAAAUAGCAGACAAAAUGUCUUUUGAGAAAAACUAUAUUAAGGCUAACAUUAAUGCUGUAUGCCAACUCAAAGGAAAGACGGAAAAGCCAAGGUUUGAAGCUUUCAUGAUCUUUCCUGUUGAUGGGAAAUCUGUCUUCAACUACAGCUGUCAGAGCCUGAAUUCUGCAGAGCUUGCGAAGAAGCAUCUUCGCCAGGAGAUGGCAAAGGUACCAAAAACCAGAUUUAGUUAUUGUCAAGACUAUCUGUCAGCCAUGUUUGAGCCAGUGGAUGUGGCUGCUGCCUGUAAGGAGUUCUUUGAAAAAUCCAAGAGUAUGUGGCAAUCACCGGAUGGAUUUGUAUUCCCUGGAUAUAAGAGCAGCAUUGAAAGCAACCUGCACCCCCAGAUGCCACAUGAGGCACGUCGGGAGGAGCUAAGAGAGAAAUGGCAGGAGAAUGUUCUGCAUGCUAACAUGGAACCAGUGCUGCCACGAGACAGAUGGAGCUGGGACAAACGGCACAUUGAUUUUGAUCUUUACAAGAAGCCACCUGAGCUCUUCAUUACAACAGCCCCCCGGACUGCUUCUUGGCCUUGUGAAGAUGCCACUCGGGUAUCAUUUGACGGUAGCAAGCGGGACGCUCGCCAGCACUCCACAGCAGCCAGGUUGAACACACGUGGGCCACGAGGCAGGUCACAGCUACAGAAGCUUCUGAACAGUCAGCCUCUGAAGCUGCCAUUCAGGAAGGCAGCCCACCCCAGACCUGCUGGCAGUGGACAACCAGCCCCAGGAGCCCCGGGGCAGGGGGCAGAGCAUCACCAGCAGCUUUGUGCCAGCUCCCGAUGGGCAACACAGCCCGAGAUGCAGCAGGGACAUCACCAUCAGCAGGUGUCUGAAGAGCUUGGGGGAGCAGAUUUCAAGCCAUCAACUCGUCCAAGGUACCGCUUGUCUGUAAUUGCUCAGCUCUUGCAGCAAUGUGAUCUUCCAGCAUCCCCCACAAGACAUAAAACACACUGAACAGGGUCAGACUCCGGCCCUUUGAGUGUCAAC